GGGGCAACCCCAGAGCUCUGCAGAUUACGGGUGCGAAGAGGAAAAAGCCUACACGUAGCCAGAGAGCAGAAAUAUCGAUUGUGUUGGGAGGAAAUCCGUAGAGAUGGAGAUGUGGUGUAUGUGGUACGUGUUGCUGAUCGGCUACCUCUGCAAGUGUUCUGCUCACAAUGACUUCUUUACCUCCAUUGGCCAAAUGACUGAUCUGCUGUUUACGGAGAAGGACCUAGUGACAUCCCUAAAAGACUACAUUAAAGCAGAGGAGAGCAAGCUGGAGCUGGUCAAGCAGUGGGCAGAGAAACUAGAUGCCUUGACUGCCACGGCGACGCAGGACCCUGAGGGUUUCCUCGGCCACCCGGUCAACGCCUUCAAACUGAUGAAGAGGCUGAACACAGAGUGGGGCGAGGUGGAAGACCUGGUGCUUAAAGACAUGUCUGACGGUUUCAUCUCCAACCUGACCAUCCAGCGGCAGUAUUUCCCUAACGAUGAGGACCAGACUGGAGCGGCCAAAGCCUUGCUUAGGCUUCAGGACACCUACAGGCUGGACACACACACCAUCUCCUCCGGUAACCUGCCAGGUGUAACAUCCGAUUUGCCUUAUAAGAGUACUCUAACAGUGGACGACUGUUUUGAGCUGGGGAAGAUUGCAUACUCGGACGCGGAUUAUUACCACACAGAGCUGUGGAUGGGGCAGGCUCUCAGACAGCUGGACAAAGGAGAGGAAUCCAGCAUUGAUUCUGUGACUGUUCUGGACUACCUCAGCUACUCUGUCUACCAGCAAGGAGAACUAGAGAAAGCCUUGGAGCACACCAAGAGACUGCUGACACUGGACUCAGAACAUCAGAGAGCCAACGGCAACCUAAAGUACUUCGAGUACCAGCUGGCCAAGCAGAGGAAGGCAGAGAAGGAGCAGAAAGGAACCACUGAGGAGAGAACGAAGAGAGACACGGAGAAAAAUAGCUUCCUUCCUGAGAAGAGGAAGUACGAGAAGCUUUGCAGAGGGGAAGGACUCAGGCUGACGCCACGUAGACAGAGUCGACUCUUCUGCCGUUUCCAUGACAACAACAGACACCCGUACUAUAUACUCGGACCCGUGAAACAGGAGGACGAGUGGGACCGGCCGCGCAUCGUCCGUUACCACAACAUCAUCAGCGAUAAAGAGAUGGAGAAGGUGAAGGAGCUGUCCAAGCCCAGGCUGCGUCGAGCCACCAUCUCCAACCCCAUCACUGGUGUGCUGGAAACUGCCCACUAUCGCAUCAGCAAAAGACGAGCCACUGUGCAUGAUCCUCAAACAGGGAAACUCGUCACAGCCCAGUACAGAGUCUCCAAGAGUGCCUGGUUAGCAGCCUAUGAGCAUCCGGUAGUGGACCGCAUUAAUCAGAGAAUCCAGGACAUCACAGGCCUCGAUGUCACCACAGCAGAGGAGCUACAGGUUGCUAAUUAUGGAGUAGGAGGCCAGUACGAACCACACUUUGACUUUGGACGGAAAGAUGAGCCAGAUGCCUUUAAAGAGCUCGGCACGGGAAAUCGCAUUGCCACCUGGCUCUUCUAUAUGAGUGAUGUGGCAGCAGGGGGCGCCACAGUCUUUCCUGAAGUAGGAGCAGCAGUAAAGCCAAUGAAGGGCACAGCAGUGUUCUGGUAUAAUCUGUUCCCCAGUGGAGAAGGAGAUUACAGUACAAGACAUGCAGCCUGUCCAGUACUGGUGGGCAACAAGUGGGUUUCAAAUAAAUGGAUCCAUGAGAGAGGCCAGGAGUUCAGAAGACGCUGCAGUCUGCUCCAGUCAGACUGACCCCAACCUCUUGGUCCCUACCUCCCCCUGGUUCGCCCGUGAUUCUGUGGACUAUGAGCUGCGAGACGUUCCUGAUGGACCCACCGCCCCACACUCCUUGAAGUCAUGACCAUCUGCAGCGUUUGCCUUCAGCAGUUAACUCAUGUCUGCCUUGUUUUAUUUUUUUAUUUCUGAUGAAUUUGUGUCUUCAUGAUUUGUGUUGAUACCAUUAGUGCCUUUUCUCAUUGCAUCCAGCCCCCCAGACUCCCCCCAAUUUUACAACACUCCACACUGCACAGGUCUGCAUUAAAGGAAGACCUGAGUAUGUUUGAACCUAAUCUGUAUCUGCACGUCUGAAGUCUACAGCUGAUUGGCUUAGAGGGUAAAUUUAACCACUGAUUUGUUCUGUGCUUCUAUUCACUUAUAAUAAAAGCAUGUGGGCAGUUGCUGAAUUUUGGUGUAAAUGUAUGUAAUUAGCUUUUUUCAUGAGUCGGUGUGCUUUCUCAAGCUCUACCUGAUCGCCAAGGAAACCAGAAAGCUUUAGAAAGAAAUUAAAUGUUCAACAGUUUUUGCACUGUAUACUUUGUGUUAUAUGUAUGUGUAAAUAUUUAUUCAUAAAUGUCAGCAACUGCCCAGAAGGUUUUUAUUGUAAGAGAGUUAAGAAUGAGAUGGAUUAUUGUCCUUUCAUAAAUACAGGUAAAUAUGUUUUAGCAAAGCAAUGUUCACACAGCAAGAAAAUGUGCCAAAGACGAUUUUCUCAUCAACUUAUUUGUACAUUUCAUCUUUUUUUUAUUUUUCCUUGAUGCUGCUGCAGCAUCUUCAUCUCAUAGCAUUCAGCCAUUGCUUUAGAAUAAACAGGGUGGUUGCGAUGUGUGCCUUCUAAUUAUGUUUAAACACACAAAUAUCCCGUCACUGAAACACUCCCUCACUGCUACCAUAUAUUUGCCCUUCUUCUUUCUUUUUUAAUUUGGCUGUUCAGACACAAAUCAGAUACUGAUCAGGUAUUUGUAUUUAAAUUGAUUGUGAAUCUGAAAAAUCUGAAUUUAAAUUUUCAGAUUUAAUGUGGUAUUCAGCGUUCACACUGCCACACAAAUAGAGAUAUAACGGUUUGGGCCAUUUAUAACGGUUUUCAAUUGUCUGACCAUUUAAGGUUAAAUCCGAAAAUAGAAAAUUGAGGGUAAAACCCUAUUUAUUAUUUAAUUCUUACCAUUUGUGUAUUAUAUUUUAUAGUUUUUUUUUUAAUUCUGCAUGAAUCUUCUCUCAAUUUUCUGAUUUUUCCGUCUUGUUACAAAAGUAAGUUGCAUUUUACAAUCAGAUUUUUGUUACAAGAUACAAAAAUGGAAAAAAAAAACAUUAAGAUUCUUUUUCUUUACAAAAAAAAAUGGAAAAUUAAAUAACACAAUUUCAUACCCAAAUUUCUAUGUUCAAAUUUAGCCUUAAACGGUCAGAAAAACGAACCUAUAAACGUUACACUGACCCAGUUUUACUUGCUGUGUGAAUACAGCCAAGCUCUCAGUUUUGUUAGUUGUAUUACACCAGUAUAAUAUAGAUGCAGCAGAUAGAGUUUAGGUUGACUCACACUUGAAAACUGGAAUAUUCCUUUAAUAUUGGUGCAGAUUUGCAGGGGGCUGGUCUCGCACCUUAAAAAUCAGACAAAUCUGAAGCCAAGAACAAAGAGACAGAGCUCACAAAGAACUGAGAAGCCUGCAGAUACUAAAGCCAGAAUGCUAAAACAGCUUAUAAGAACUAAGAACUAGAUUUAGUAAUGCCCUUAUAGAAUUGUAUUGGUUAAAUUAUUUUACACAGUUGUGGUAAAAUCAUAUAUUAGAAAGAUUGUAACAGGAAUUUAUUGACUUUUCAAAGUUUCAUCAUAUACUGGCAUGCCAUAUGUCACAGAAUAGGAACUGGUAUCAUGUCCCAUGACUUUUGCCAUGUUUCAUGGACAGCAUGCCAGGCUUCCUACACCUAAUAUGAAUGUCACUUCUUCCAGAUUUGCUUGUCAGUGUUGCUUGUUUGCAUGGACAAUUUCGGCCUGAGCCACUGGUCACAACCAUUACAAUCAAUCACUGUGCUGUCCACUGUGGGGUGUAAUUCCUUUUAUGUCCAUCCAUCUGGCACCCACUUUCUGGCCUCACUUAAAUUCCAAUAAUUCAUGUUGCUUUGGCAUGAGCACAUUGGCCAGUCUUUAACCUUACUCACAAGAUAACUCCUCAUAACUUACACAUACACAUAUAUGGACACUCCCAAACUGUCUCUAUAACACUUUAUUUAUGAUCCAUUUGACAAACGUUCGUUUGUCAUUGUAGCCUGUUAUCUUUGGGGACUGUUUUUUUGCCAUACAGCACCUUCCACAUAUCCCUCCACCAUGAACAGAUUUUAGAGGCCCAGUCUUCCACCAAACCCACUCUGAAUUACUUAGUAAUAAUUUCUCCUAGUCAUGUGACUAAGAAAUAAUACGCUCGAGAUUUGUGCUAUAAUGUAUAAUAUUGACACAGCUGUGCUGUGGUUGCGGCCUUGUGCCAUAGAUUAGCACAGCAGUGCAAAUAUUACACAAUAUAGCAUGAAUCUCGUGCUAAUCGCUAGUGUAGUAUAGUGAUUAUACCACAGCUCCUUUAUCACUGUUUAUUGAGAAAAAAUGAUUUAAAGAGGAUAAGAAAAUAUGAUCUGUUUGGUUAUAAACGCUCUGCGAGUUAAAAUAGUUCCAUUGCUGCUCUGUUUGUAGCUGCGCUGUUUUGCUGGUAAGCGUUGCAUCGUUACUAGGUCACCUGUAUGUGGCGUAGUAAUACAUGGAGAGCUUCGGUAACAGUGCAUUACUGGCUGAUAAUGGCACCUAUAGAACGCCUCUCAGCCAAUCACAUUGCAGGGUCGGAACUAACUGUGGUAUAAUAAUGAUUAUAUAAUAAAAUUUGAUUUAGAGUGAUUUGGAAAGAUGGUAAAAUUGCCCUUUAAGCUAAAAAUCAAGCCGUCAGCUAGUUAUGAUUAUCCAGACUAUGGUCCUUUUGUUUCUCUUCAUACAUUAUUAACCUCUCUAUAUGGGUGGUGGGUCAUUCUCAGGGGUGCAAUGAUACUGGCACAUCAGUGCUGCUGGAGUUUUUAAACACUAUGUCCACGCACUGUUCACUUUAUUACCUGUAACACUUUAAAUACCUAGCUGCUCCACCAUGUAGAUGUAAAGUAGAGACAGAAGCUUCUUUGUUGUUGCACAUUGUGUUUGUCAUCAUAGGUAUUUUAUGACGGCCUAUAGGAUGCUUUUGACUGGAUACAUCUGGUUGAAGGAUGAUUCUCAGUCCAGCAGUGACACUGAGGUGUUCAAAAAGUCCAGCAGUAUAGUCCAGUCCUGCUGAGAAUGACCUGGCAUCCAAAUAACAGCUACACUCUGGUGGUUUUAUUGGGGCCUAACCUUUAAAGAACAGGGAUAAAGGAGGAUAAUUAAGUAUGCAGAAAAACAGAAGGACUACAGUCUGUAAUUAUAGAACUACAAAAGCCCCUUAAUGAUCAGUGCAGCUGAUAAACCGAAGAGUGAGCUUAUAAACAAGAAGGGGGUUAUGUCAUUCUGAUAUGACUGUGCAUAUCUGUGUGGCUAGAGCUACAGUACAUACUGUCAUUAUCCCAAAAGCUGACUGUGCAUUUGAAGCUUAGCCACACACACACACACACUCUCUCUCACUCUUGCAGUGUCACACUAACCCCUCUCCCUCCACCAGUCGGACACUCCCUCACUCUCUCUGAUGCCAGGUUGGCGCUCAAGAGCCGAUUUACGUUCUGAGGUCAUUCACACAGGGACAAACAGACAGAUGGUUGACAUUUAUAGCCAUGGGUACACACUGGAGCCUUUUUUCCCCUCAAUGUGGCACAAAAACAAAUAAAAGCUUCAUCUGCUUUACAGCUACGCAAUCUGACCGCUUUUAGUCUUCAGCUUGUUCAUCUGAUUUCACCAUUAAAACUCCAUUAAAACAAUGUGCAAGAGUUUAACAGCAAAGAGACAAAUGUUUGAAUGAAUGCCAAGUCUCCUAAAAGUAAUGCUCAAAAGGUCCACCAUUAUUAUUAUUAUUAUUAUUUAAGUUUUUCCUAUUCAGUGUUUGAAAAAUGUUGGUUUAUUUUAAAGAAACUUACUGAUUCAUAUUUUGUUUUUUAGUGGUGGUGAAUAGAACCAGACAUGGAUUGCCAUUUUAUUUACUGUACAAACCCACUAGGGACUUUUUAAAGGCUCCUCAGUUUUAUAUUGAGAAUAGCAAAAUAGUUGCAUAUCUGAACAAUUAUGGCUUCUUUUGGGGACUAUUUUUUUUGCCACAUUUGUUGUACUUAAAGGAGAACUCUGGUGUGAAAUGGACUUUGGGUGUAUUAAAACCUGAUAAAAAGCUGAGUACUUACUGUACCUUUGUUAAACAGCCCUCCUCCGCUCUCCUGCAGCUUUCUGAGAUCCAGUAUGUGCAAUUUGCCCAACAGGCUUUUAGACUGGGUUUUACGGGGCAUAUUUUGCCCCUGUAGAUAAAUUGCCUUUUUCACCAUCAUUCAGGCUCAAAGUAGUGCCACACCUCAUUGGUAGAAUCCGGAGUACCCUGACAUUUAAAACGAGGCAUUUAGAACUUUAAAACUACUCAAGAAGUUUAUUAAAACCACUGUUUACAUCUCAUAGCGUAGGUAAAUCUCCAGGCACCGCCAUCUUAAAUUUAAAUCGUAAUAAGUCAACCGUCGGACACGAAUAGUAAAACUCAUGUAAUGUAAUGUUCAUGUAAUUUGUUGUUGGUUCUUUGCACUCUAAUAUCGACAGUAACCAGAUAUUUUCAGCAACAGCUGGAAUUCAUGCAUUUCCAAGAAAUUAAUUUUGCAAUCUGCCCAACUAUCCUACCUAUGCAUUCAUACUUAUUGUGACUUAAAUUUAAGAUGGCGGCACUUAACAGUGGAUUUUAAUAAACUUCUUGUGCAGUUUUAAAGUUCUAAAUGUCUCUCAAAGCUACUUUGAGUCUGGAUAACAGUGCAAAAAAUUAUUUUUCUGCAGGCGCAAGAAUAUGGCCCAUAUCACCCAGUCUAAAAGUCUAAAAACCUGUUUGGGCAAAGUGCACAAAAUACUGGAUCUCAGAAAGCUGUGUGAGAACAGAGAUGGGCUAUUCAACAAAGGUAAUUAAUUUUUAUCACAUUUUAAUACACCCAAAGUCCAUUUCACACCAGAGUUCUCCUUUAAAGUACAUUUUUAUCCUUUUUUAAACCACUAUAAACACUUCACACUCUUCACAAUCCGUUACACUUAGCAUUCGACCAACGCACACAACAUACAUACACACCUUUGAGAAGUGGCAGCCAAACACGCACAACAUAGUCUCAACUGGAAAUGACCACACCAACCCAUGACAGAGUGCCAGUCCAUGUCUGGGUGUAUAGACAUACGUACAUUCACACAUUCCAGGGUAGUUUUUAGAGUAACCAAUUAAAGAGAGGAAACCCACAAAGACAGAGGGGGAACAGGGAAACUCCACCCACUUGAACCCGAGACCCCAGUACUGAGAGGCAAACAUGCCAAUGACCAAGCCCCUAGAGUAAAUCUGUGUCUCCAGCAUCAGGCAUUAAUGCCCCAACUUUCUGUGACGUAGCUUUUAAAGGCAUUAAACUCUUAAGAAAUCCUUUGACCGUUCACCACCACUGCAAACAAUACACCACAAACCACUCUAAAUUACUCUGUUCCCAUUGUUAACCAUUUAAUUUAGUGGCAUUCAAAACCCUUUAAAGGCUAUGGUUUUCACUUCAUGCUGUGACAACAGUCAAACCAGCCUCUUAGCAAGCCUUAUUAAAGCUCCUGUUAUCUUAUCUGAUCCGAUUAUGUAUCUGCAGGUGGAAGCUUCUAUUUAUAUCUCCCAACAUGCAGUUCAUUAAGAGUUCUGCCUCAGAAAGAGUAUUUCAGGAAUGUGUGAAGAUAUGUUUUCUACCAAAAAUAAAACAAUGUUUUAGCUGUU